AUGCCCACAGGCCUGGCCCCCGGGGGACGGCGAGGCCCGGCACUGGCGGCAGAAGGAGAGCGCUGCGGGGGCCGGGGCUGCGCUGGGCCGCGCGGACGGGAGCUCUGCCGGCAGCUGUAGGACGCUCCGGGGCCCCGGGAGGCCCUGGCCCGGCUCCGCGAGCUCUGCCGGCUGUGGCUGCAGCCAGAACGCUACACGAAGGAGCAGAUCCUAGACGGGGAGCAGGCGGUCGCUGCGCUGGCGGAUCUGGAGAGGGAGCUCGAUGAACCCCCGGAGCAGGUCUGAGCCCAGUCAGAAAGACAGGACACACCCCUGGACAAGUUGGCCCCCUCGGGAAGGCCAGGGGAGUCAGGGGCUGCCCCAUUCUCCCCCAGGAAGACUCGGCAGGAGCCCCAGGGGAACGGUGAUAAAACCGGGACUGAGAAUGAAGAGUUGUCCCAGAAGGAAGAUAUACCCAAGAACAUGGAAUUGGGGAAGGCAAAUAACAGAGUGAACAAACACGUUCAACAUCCCAAAUCCAAAGGUGCUUCUGGUGAGGGCAGAGUAGAGCAGCGACAGAGGGAAAGGAGACACUAUGAAUGUGACGACUGUGGGAAAAGUUUCAGUCGCAGCUCAGCCCUUAGUAAGCACAGGAGAACUCACACUGGAGAGAAGCCGUACAGACGUGAGGAAUGUGGGAAAACCUUCAAUCAGCGUUCACACCUCAUCGGACAUCACAGAGUACACACUGGGGUGAAGCCCUAUGAAUGUGAAGAAUGUGGGAAAGAUUUUAGUGGAUGCUCAGGUCUUACUCAGCAUCGGAGAAUCCACACAGGUGAAAAGCCGAGAAUGCAUGCGUGCGGGAGACCCUUCUGGGUAAGUUCAGCCCUUACUAGACAUCAAAGAAUUCAUGCAGCAAAAAAACUACUGAGAAGGGGUAACAGCAGCUCCUUAGCUGCUCAGGUCUAAUUUGAGACCUUACGAGUAUCCUGAGUGUAGUCAAAGCUUCGAUCAUCAAUAGAAAUUUCCCUGGCACCACAGAAUCCGGCAAGGGCAUUGCAGGUUUUUUCUGUGAAGAGCUGAUGGUGGAGCGGACCCACCGCUUAGGUAUUAGGUUGAAAUAGAUGAAAACUGCUUUUGAAAUUAAUAACUACAACAGUACUAUUUCUUUACCAUCAUUAUUGAUGUAAUGACCUAAUUACCUAAAUAUUCCUUUUUUUUAUCUGCAGUAGGGGGACAUAACCAUGUCGUGCCAUUUUUUUUUUCUCUGCCAAUGAUUAAAAAACAGGAAACCAUGAGAAAAGUCGGCAGGCUAAAGACAACAAAAUGGGAAGGAAAGCAGCAAGUGAGGAGCAGGGGCUGCUGGCACAGGGCGGCCAGGGGUGUAAUGAGUGUGUUAGGAACCCUGGACUUCAGAUAAGUUACUUCUCUUCUGAGUAUAAACCAGCGAUUUUCAACCAAUGUGCCACAAGAAUUUUGAAAACAUGCAAUACCUUACUAUUUAG